AUGCGUGAAUACAAAAUAGUUGUAUUAGGUAGUGGAGGCGUGGGAAAGUCCGCCCUGACAGUACAGUUCGUACAAGGCAUCUUUGUCGAGAAAUACGACCCCACCAUCGAGGACAGCUAUCGGAAACAGGUGGAAGUUGAUGGACAACAGUGCAUGCUUGAAAUUCUGGACACGGCUGGUACGGAACAAUUCACAGCGAUGAGAGACUUGUAUAUGAAGAACGGCCAAGGAUUUGUCUUAGUAUACUCGAUCACCGCACAAUCAACGUUUAACGAUCUACAGGACUUGCGAGAGCAAAUCCUACGAGUAAAAGACAAGGACGAUGUACCCAUGGUGUUGGUCGGCAACAAGACGGACCUGGAAGCGGAGCGCGUGGUUGGCAAAGAACAGGGCAGUAAUCUCGCCCGCCACUUCAACUGCUCCUUCAUGGAGACCUCGGCGAAGGCUAAAAUUCAUGUGAACGAUGUAUUCUAUGAUCUAGUGCGACAGAUCAACAGGAAAUCACCUAAAAAAGAGGAAACCAAAACCAAAGGAAAGGUGAAAUGUGUAAUUCUGUAA